CGCGCCAGGGGAGCUGCGUGCAGCACAAACCAGCGUGGAUACAGAAGUGAAAUCUGACCAAGUGCCUGGAGAGGCGUGUGCGGCCAAGAAGCCCCUGCGCAGCCAUCGACCUUGAGCAGCCCGAGGUCAUGGUGGGCUCCUGACCUGGAGGAGGAGCCGCCAUGGAGAACCCGGUGGCCCCCUGCGUCCUCUACCCCGGGGAUGACCUGGGCGCGGCCGGGGGGGAGGGCACCGCUUCCCAGGCGCAGUCACCCUGCAGUCUCAGCGCGUCGCUGUGCUUCAGCUCCGGGGACGACUCCCCGCCUCAGUCCCGAGCCUCUGCCGCAGAGGGCGCAGUGGCCUCCCCGCCCUCCUGUCACAGUGGCCAGUGGGUAGUGGAGAGGCAGUGGGAGGUCGGCGGCGCAGAGGCUACAUCGCCCGAGGAGCCCGGGGACCCAGAGGAACCCGCAUCCCCAGAGGAGCCGGGGGACUUCGCGUCUGUGCCCCCCGGAGUCGGGGCCGCGCACGGGGAGCCAGACCUGGUGAUCGAGGUGUCGGGCCGCCGGCUGCGGGCGCACAAGGCGGUGCUGGCGGCGCGCAGCGACUACUUCCGCGCGCGCGCGUCGCGGGACGUGCUGCGGGUGACCGGCGUGGGCUGGGCGGCGCUGCGGCUGCUGCUGGCCUACGCGUACAGCGGGCGCAUGGCCGGCGUGCGGCCCGACAACGUGGCGGAGGUGGUGGCCGGCGCGCGCCGCCUGCAGCUCCCCUGCGCCGCGCAGCGCGCUACCGAGGCCGUGGCGCCGCAGCUGAGCCUCACCAACUGCCUGGAGGUGCUGAGCGCCGCCAAACGGCAGCGGCUGGCCGAGCUGCGCGACGCCGCCUACCGCUUCAUGAGCGACCACUACCUGGAGGUGCUGCGCGAGCCCGCGGUGUUCGGGCGCCUGUCGGGCGCCGAGCGCGACCUGCUGCUGCGCCGCCGCCUGCGCGCCGGCCGGGCCUGCCUGCUGGCUGCCGCGCUCGGGCCGGGCGGGGAGCGCGCGGGCAGCCGGCCGCAGAGCCCGUCCGGGGACGCGGAGGGCCGCGGGGACGCCGCCGUCUACUGCUGGCACGAGGCGGCCGGCGAGUGGAGGGAGCUGACGCGGCUGCCCGAGGGCGCGCCGGCGCGGGGCUGCGGCCUGUGCGUGCUCUUCAACUACCUCUUCGUCGCCGGCGGCGUGGCGCCCGCGGGCCCCGACGGCCGCGCGCGCCCCUCGGACCAGGUUUUCUGCUACAACCCGGCCACCGACCAGUGGAGCGCCGUGCGGCCGCUGCGCCAGGCGCGCUCCCAGCUGCAGCUGCUGGCCCUGGACGGCCACCUGUACGCCGUGGGCGGCGAGUGCUUGCUCAGCGUGGAGCGCUACGACCCUCGCGCCGACCGCUGGGCCGCCGUGGCGCCGCUGCCCCGGGGCGCCUUCGCCGUGGCGCACGAGGCCACCACCUGCAACGGCGAGAUCUACGUGUCCGGGGGCUCGCUCUUCUACCGCCUGCUCAAGUACGACCCCCGGCGCGACGAGUGGCAGGAAUGUCCGUGCAGCAGCAGCCGCGAGCGCUCGGCCGACAUGGUGGCGCUCGGCGGCUUCAUCUACCGCUUCGACCUGUGCGGUGGCCGCGGCGACGCGCAGGCGGCCGGGCCCACCGGCGGGGUCAGCGUGCUCCGCUACCACUGCGUGGCCAAGCAGUGGAGCCGCUGCGCCGCGCCCCUGCGGCCCCCGGGCGCGCCCUCGGGCCUGCAGCCCUUCCGCUGCGCGGCGCUGGGCGGCAGCAUCUACUGCGUGAGCCGCGCCGGCCUCUGGCGCUUCGUGCCCCCGCGGGAUGGAGAGCCCAGCGCGGAUGUGGGCGCAGACGACAGCUUCGAGGCCGAGGCGCUGGGCGGCCCCCUGGACGUGCGGGGCGCGCUCUUCCCCUUCGUGCUCAACCUGCCUGAGAAGCCGGACCGAGGCGAGGAGGGCGCGGAGUAGAACAGGAGGGGGUCACCU